AUGGAGUAUAUACCAAGUAAAGAUCGCUCAAAAUUAAAAUAUCCAGAUUACUGGGCUUGGGAUUUUAACUCCUGGGGAAUAAAUGACUGGAAUACUUAUUGGAUUGAAAAGCAACUGCAAUCGAUAUAUAUUACUAAACACAAUUCUCACACAGCCUUAGCCGAUGAGUUGAGAUGUUUGAAACAAGUAUAUUCAAGUAUACAUCCUGCUUACGAUAAAAUCCUUAAAUUGUUAAAAGAGUUGCAGAAUAUUACAAAGGACACAACAAACAAAAAAAUUUGGAAAGCGAGAGAUCGAAUCACAUCAAUAAAAAUGGAAUCUGAGCUGUUUGAGCUGGAGUCAGAUCUCAACAAAAAGAAGGGAACACAAGCUGGCAUUCAGAUAGCACAAUGA